CUUUAAGUUCGCAGUGGAUGUGCACGCUAAGAGUUUGUGGAUAUAAAAGAGUUUAAAUAAAAUUUAUUACGAACAUUUUUUUACAAAUAAUUUAAAUAUGUCGUCCAGUGAAGUUUAUCGUUAUUAUUACAAAACAACAGAAGAUCUGCAGGCGUUUAAAACAAAUGCUAUGGAAAAUUAUUUUAAUCCGAUGGCAGCAUAUAAUCCUCCAGUGCAACAACAAAACCAAUAUAAUUGUAAUUCGCUCAGCAACUCCAACAAUUUUUUAACAACAAAUGGAUUCAUCAAUUUUGAGCAAGCAUCCUCGGAUGGCUGGCUUACUUCGUCGCCUGCAAGUCAUCGUUCCGAAAGUCCAGAAUAUGUAGAUUUAAAUAGUAUUUAUAAUACAACUAUAGGCCAACAAAUGCUACAACCAGUUAAUCAAUUUGGCAUCAGUUUAGAACAACCACAACAAUUAUUAGCCGAACUGCAGCAGACCCCCAUAAUGGGUUCUUCAAAUAUGGGCACAUGCAAAACUGUACCUACAACUUCCGCAACUAAACCAAAACGUCAAUAUACACGAAAACAGCAACACAACACAGUUCCUGCUACUACUUCAAUGAUGCCUGCACAACAAAGUCCCACCAGCGAGACGAGUCUUCACCUAUAUAACGAAGAAUUUCAAAAUUUUGACUUCAAUAAUUCCGCACUUUUUGAUGUCGACGAUAGCGUUGAUGAUGAUGAUGAAAAUAUGCUACUAUUUGGCCACGCACAGGAUGAUUUCAGUGGGAGUUCUAAUUUUGAUAUCGCCGAUGAGGAAGCCGAAGAUGCGCUGUUAUCAAAUAUUGAAACAGAGAAGACAAUAGGCAAGAGGAAGCGCGGAAAACAAAUCUCACCUGUAGUUAAACGCAAACGCCGCUUAGCCGCAAAUGCACGUGAACGUCGUCGCAUGCAGAAUUUGAAUCAAGCAUUUGAUAGGCUACGUCAGUACUUACCUUGUUUGGGAAAUGACCGCCAACUCUCCAAGCAUGAAACCUUACAAAUGGCACAGAGCUAUAUCGCAGCUUUAGGCGAUUUGUUACGUUAACUUUUAGUUGAAUAAUUAGUUGCACUUGUUAGAAAAAUGUAUAUAACCAAAAAUAUUUUUAUAUUUUAGACAUAAAACCAGUGUUCUUUUGUAUUAUAUUUUUAUAGUAUUUAAAAUAGUUUAUUCAUAUUUUAAUUAGUAAAUUAAUUAGUAAUGUUUAAUUGUUAUGUGUAAGAUAUUUUUCCGGAAGACAACGAUUUAAAAGAUAAUUCAUUAAAAAACUAC